AUGCCUCUCCCAAACAUCCGCACUCCGCUUCUGAGAACUGGCCAGGACACUUCCAGCUCGAGCUCCUCUCUAAGCAUGUUCCAGGCUUACUUAGGCAUCGAUUCAUGGAUAAGCGUUCUGCUUGUCUUCGUACCUCUCAGUCUUCUUUCGCGGUCCUUGGAUUGGGAUGUAGCGCUUCGGUUUUGGUUCAGUCUCUUGGCGAUUCCACCAUUGGCAACCGUACUUGACAGAUCAGUGCGCGAGUUAUCGAAGAACCUCAGUUCUACAUCUGGCGGGUUACUCGAGGCGCUCGCUGCCAAUGAGGUGAACUUGUUCAUCGGCAUUUUGGCUCUGAUGCAGGACCAGGCAUUGCGCGUACAAGGAUUUAUUGUUGGGUCCAUCCUAGUCAGCACACCCUUGGCACUGGGCUCUGCGUUUUUCACUGGUGGCAACAUAGAGUCGUCCAAAACCUCUGCUUCAGGCCUACGCUUCAUGUCACAUGGCACUGCGAUUAUCCUUUUGAUAACUUACUUGGGCUACCAGGCCAUUCAGCUCAAGGCCCGCUCAACACUAUCCAUGAAUGAGCCGCGGCAAUCCCAGUCUCCGCGAACAACUAUUCUUGCAGCAACCCUUGGUAUCCUCGUCGCUUCCGUUGAGGAGGCAACUGCCCGCGAAAACAUACCCCAGGUCUUCGUCUCAGUGAUCCUUCUCCCUAUCGUUUCUAACACGGCGAAGUACUUGAACGCUGUGUCUGCGGCGCACCGGGGGAGCAUCACAACUAGCAUCGGCAGUUGCAUCGACAGCGUGAUCCAAUUGGCGACUUUCGUCGCUCCGGUGCUGGUGAUAACUGGCUGGAUAGCUUCUCGUGAACUUCCGCUUUUCUUUUCAGCUUUCCAAAAUACUCACUGCGGCUUCAGGUUGUUGAUGUUGUACGGCAUUAUUGCCAUGGCCCGUGCGUACCCUCUUGGCCGUCUUGGGGACAAAUCAUGCUCAACGUCUGCGUUACCACCAGUAUGGAAGUCGUGA